GACAGUGAACAGUCAAAACAGAAAGCCAAUCCUUCGGAGUAAGUAUGCGAGAAGCUAUUGACAGUGGCAUUUACAUGAGGUAACUGGAGUACAACAAUAAUGAAGAAUAAUGCCAGUUGAUGUGAGUUGCUUCCUGAGGACACAAAGCAGUUUCCUGCUGAAGCAAUAGCAGCACGUUCACAUCACAGUUGGCGAAGGUGUAGAGGCUAAGGAGUCGUACCUUUGCAUGCUACCUUGAGGAGUCUGUCCCUCAACAUGAGCAACGGUCAUGGAGCUAUGGAGUUUGUUCUUGGUGGCCUGGCCACCUGUGGGGCCGGGUUCUUCACUAAUCCCUUGGAGGUUGUGAAGACUCGGAUGCAGCUGCAAGGAGAAUUGAAAGCCCUCGGACAGUAUGCUGUUCACUAUCGUAAUGCGCUACAUGCAUUCAUCACAAUUGCCCGUUCGGAUGGACUCUUAGCUCUCCAGAGUGGUCUUGUUCCUGCAAUUUAUUAUCAGUUUUUUAUGAAUGGGUCGAGACUAGGAACAUUUCAGCUUCAAGUGAAUUGGGGCUUAACAAAGGAUAAGAACGGAAACCACAGUUUCCUCAGAAGUGUACCUGCUGGUGCAUUUGCUGGGUGUGUUGGUGCUGUUAUUGGAAGUCCUUUUUAUUUGAUAAAGACACAACUACAGGCUCAAGCGAAUCAUGAAAUUGCUGUAGGACAUCAGCAUCCUCACGAGUCCAUGUCUCAUGGACUUAAAACCAUUUACAAGUCUCAGGGAUUUUUGGGCCUGUGGAGGGGAGUGAGUGGUGCUGUGGUUCGUGUCACGGUUGGAUCUGCAUCGCAGCUUUCCACGUUUUCUGCCGCUAAGAACUUUAUUGAGGGCACAAAAGUAUUUGCACCAAACAGCUGGGUCACCACUUUUGCAGCCAGUAUGGUGGGCGGCCUGGCAGUGACCUGUUUCAUGACUCCGUUUGACGUCAUCUCAACCCGUCUGUACAACCAGCCGGUGUGCGGGGCGGGGAAGGGCACCAUGUACACCGGUGUUGCCGACUGCUUUCUCAAAAUCCUGCGCUCCGAGGGGGUCUGGGGCUUCUACAAGGGCUGGGGUCCAUCAUACCUGAGGCUGGGACCUCACACCACGAUCAGCCUGGUCUUGUGGGACCAGAUCCGCAAACUGUACGUACGCUGGCAGACGCCCGUGCCGGGCGAUGUGGCGAUGAAACGGUGAGGGCUGGGCUUCUGAGGAGGGAGCUUAACCUUACUUGCAAGUUUUUUUUCGUGCAUUCAUGAAACCUUUUGAGUAGGAUCAAGAAUGAAAUGGGGACAUUACCUUCAGAGAACCACUGAGACUGAGUCACUGGGGUUCGAUUAACACUUUGCGGUCACUUGCCAUAAUAAUGCGACGGUGAAAGUCAUCCGUUUCAGUCAUGCAAUGCAGUUCUGCGACAGUCCCGAGUAGUCUGUUGCUGCCUCUCUCGUGGCUUAGUGACCGCAAAGUGUUAAACCCAGGGCGAGAACCAUUGGUGUAGACUGAGAGAAAUUUAGAUAUUUCUCUAAGACUGCUGGGUUUGUGAUGCUUAGAUCUUACCUGACAAAAUCAAUUGGGACCAAGGUUUUGUGAAAAUUGAAGGGGCCUUACAGCUAUUAUAUUCCCUUCUGGACACUUUUAUAUAAAGCGCCAACUUUAGCUGGGAGGGGAGGAGUGGGUGAACCCAGCAGUAGACCAAUGUUCAAGCUGUGGAAUGCAUGAUAGCGACGGGUUUUAUUGAAUUGUAUAUGGCUUGUUGGAUGUUUCAAACUUUUCGUUUCCUGAGUGAAAUUUGGCGUCAUGUCUUGUUUUAAAAAAAAGUAGACAACUUUGAAGUGUAAUUUAAAAAAUUACUGACUAACAAAUUUGCGAAACUUUUGUGUGAGUGAACUUUCAACUCUUGUACUGAUAGUUUUGGGUGAAUUUACUGUAUGAGUUGUGUGUUUGUGCAUAGGUCAGUGGAUCAACUGGUGAAAACAUGCAGUAUUGUUGGUAUGAUCUCAAACACAUUACAUGCACUGCCUAUCAGUAUGCAAAGGACGCAUUGAAUACAUUUUUGAGGGUUUGAGUACUUAGUACUGUAGUCCAUGUUCAUGUUGGAAAUAAUGUAAUCUCUAUUUUUCUAAUAUUGCUUAAGGGCUUGCAGAUGCUGUAGAAAAAUUAUGAACUUUCAAGACCGGGCUUGCCAAUAAUAUUGAUAAUAAGAAUGAAGUUAAUAGUUCAAUUGUAGUUAUGUCCAUUAACAUAGUUACCUUUUGAGCAUGUCUUUUGGAGUUGGCCUUUGAGGGGUUGGGGGGGAGGGGGGAGGUUUGUCCCCUGUGAAAACUGUGAUGAUGGAGAUUUUAGUCAAUGAGAAUGUAGUUAAGAUGGAAACUAUGCGCAAACUGAAAACUGAAGGAGGGAAUCAGUAAUGGAGGGGUACCUAUUGAAUUUCUUCCAGAUCACUGGAAAUCCAUAUAUAAAUAUAAUAUAUAUAUACAUAUUGUACCUUGAGUCUUCACUAUGGCUUGUAAGGUUUAAAGUUUAAACCUUGUUUUUGCAAUUUUUCGUUCUCCAGCCUCUGCACUGGCACCAAUGAGAUUAUCUAACUGGACUGCUCUGUGAUGUGAUUGUAAGAUAGUAGGCUACUUCUACUACAUGGGCACUGUUACAUAAGAGAGAAAUGCUGUUAGAUUUCACAAAUAAAUUAGUAUAUUAUGUAUAUGGGUCAUUCCACAGUACUGCUUACUAAAAGUAACACUAACAUUCAAGUUCGAAAUUCAAAGUCAAAUUUAAAUACCUUUCUAUAGCAGGUCUAAAGAGAAAUGUCUCUUUGGCCACUCCUGAAAAUUGUAGACCUCUUUGAGAAUUAGGCUCGACAGAGUUACGCCUGAAAUUUUGCUUUUCAAGUUGGUGAGGAUUGUUACAUACACAAACAUUGACAACAAUAACAAAAUAUUCAGACAAAAUCAAAUUGAUUUGUUCUUGUGCUCAUGUUUUAUUUACCAGAAGACACAAAACCACUUGAAAGAUUUUGACGUAAGAACAACACUGUUCAAGAAAAUUGCAUAAAAUGGUGAGGGACAUUACAGGAAAAAUGUCAGGAAAUUUGACUGUCACCAUCAUCAAAGUACACCUAGAUAAAAGAUAAUGUCAUCUUUUUAUAAAAAUAUAAACAUUGAGAAAUCAUAAGAAGACCCAAACUUUUUUCAAAAUUGCAAAUCACAAGGAAGGCAACACAUUUUUUGCUAAAUGGUGAGGAAUGUUACUGGACAUAAUAUGGCAUACUUUAUUCCGCUUGAACUUCUUUGUAGCAAACUUAAAUGCAUUAUUUCUUUACAAGAAAGUAAUUUGUAAAGCAAAUGCAGUUAAUGGACACAGUACUUUUGAAAAGAAAAAACUAGAACUGAUGAAAAAGAGCUAUUGAAAAUAGAAAGUGAGGAUUGUUACAAUCAGGUCCGACAAUAAACAUACCGGUACUGCUCUCCACUGCCUUUUGAGAUCCUAUAUAUUUUACUGAGUGGAGAGUGGAUGUGACAAAAUUCUUUCACAUACAGACUAAUGAUGUCCAAUGGUAUUUGACUAAGGACAAAGAAAAAAAGUGCAGCAAAUAGAGAGCUGAAUGGUUACAGUUUCGAUGUCUGAAAUUGAGUACUUGGGGCAUUCUUAGCUGCUCUUAGACGUGAAGCUAGCCUUUACUGAAUGAUAUGAAAUUAAAAACGCCCUGUAUAGUGAGAAUAUCACGAGACACAUAGAAGAAAUGCCUGGUAUCUCGAUAGGGGGACAUAACGUAAACAACCUAAGAUAUAUCAGACGACACAGUCUUAAUAGCAGAAGAUGAAGAAUACCUACAAGAUCUAUUAAAUGUCAUCGUACAAGAGAGUGACAACAUGGGCCUAAGCCUAAGUAUCAAGAAAACUGAAACAACGGUGAUAAGCAGAAAAACUCCAACCCCAACCAGCAAUAUCAAAAUAAAUGAUACCUCCCUCAAGCAAGUACAACAUUUUGAAUAUUUGGUGACCUUGAUAUCGACAUCACACUGAAAUUAAAAGCUACAUUUCCCUAGCUAAAGCAACCUUCCAUAAAAUGAAAUAGAGACUUAAAACAUCAAUCUGUCCCUGGAAA